CGGCUCAGUAGCUCAGCAUCCUUUGGAAGCAGACUCCGAUCCCCAUCUGAUUAAAGCGGUAUCCGGGGUGUCUGAACACGCAUUGAAUACUGUCAACUAGAUAACCUGUCUCACUGGAGCUGGAGUGACCCAAGGUUUAUUUAAGAACUAUUCCCUUUACAUUUUUUAAAAAUGAUGGCAUGCACCGAGAUGAUCACGAUGUGCCUCCAGUCUGCAAAACAGCAGCACCUGCACUCCAAGCAGCAGCAACAAAUGCUGCAGAAGAAAACCCCAAGCCAAGGGCUUUCCAUUCUCCACGAUAUUUUUCGACGAGCUGACAAGAAUGAUGAUGGGAAGUUGUCCUUUGAGGAAUUUAAGACAUAUUUUUCUGAUGGGAUCCUCAGCUCUGAGGAACUGCAUGAGUUGUUCUACACAAUUGACAGACGUCAUACCAACAAUCUGGACACGGAGAAGCUGUGUGAUUACUUCUCUGAACACCUUGGGGAGUACCUCGAUGUUCUGUCUGCUUUGGAGAAGUUGAAUAUCGCAAUCUUAAAAGCUCUGGACAAAACCAAAGAGGAAUAUCAGAGCUCCUCUCAGCUGAGACAGUUUGUGACGCGGUUUCUUCUGCGGGAGACGUCCAGCCAGUUACAGUCCCUUCAGGGCUCACUAGAGUGCGCUAUGGAGGCGGUGGAGGAGCAGAGCUGCAAAGGAAGGACGGUCAUGAAGAAGACCGAGGCUCUCUCUGUGCAGCGGACUGGACGGCGAUGUGGCCGAAGGACCCAGAAGAACGUGUGCCUGUCCCCUACAGACCCCUACUCAGGCAUGCUCACCUCAGGGAUUUCUGUUGAGCCAGACAACCAUUGGGCGUCACAGAUCUCCAGACUCCAGCAGCUCAUUGACAAGCUGGAGUGUAAGAGCCCCAAGCUGGAGCCUCUCAAAGAAGAAACCAUCGCUGGCCCUUAUAAAGCUAACAUCCUGGUGGUGCAGAGACAGAUGCCUGUAAUGGAGGAGGAGCUGGAAGAGUUCCGGAAGGCUCUCAAAUGCUACACUGACACCACAGCCAGUCAGAGCAGCAGCUUGCAUAUUUCGGUGCAGAAGCUGCCUGAAGAGUCUUGCUUCAUAAUGUAUGAAUUCUGGCAAGACAGAAACUCAUGGACAUGCUAUCUCCAGUCGAAUGCUAGUAAGAUGUUCCAGCGCAGUGUCAUUGACUUCCUGGAGAGCCCUGAGCUUGUCACCACCAUGCUGCUUCCAGCCUCCUGGUGGAUUCUGAAUAACAACUGACUGUGCUGUCUGUACCCACACAGCUCCUGAAAAUGAAAUUCCAGUCUGAAAUCCCCGUUUUGAAAUGAUUCAAAGAAUAACAUGUGUGCAGCACCCCUAGAGAGCGCUAAGGCCACCACUAUACUUCUAAUGAAUACUUUCUAUGUAAAAUCUGUAAGCAGAAAUACAAAAAAAUAUAUAUUUACAUGUUAAACUUACUUUGAAUUUUCAUUUUUGUUUUAGUUAUUUUUA